CCCUCUCUUUCUCUGUUGGUCUCAGUCUCUCUCUCUCUCUCUCCAGUUCACUUCUUCGUCGACAUCGACGUCGACGUCACUAACUUCAUUCAUUCGAUGUCUAUCCGUCACCCAAAGUUGGUGGACUAUAAUCAAGCUACAAACAGCAACUUAAUGACCUCUGAAGCAGCAUCAGAGAGAACACUUUAUCCAUAUGUGACCGGUACAUCAGUAAUUGGCAUCAAGUAUAAGGAUGGUAUUCUCAUGGCCGCUGAUAUGGGAGGUUCCUACGGGUCUACCCUGCGUUACAAGAGUGUGGAGCGAAUGAAACCUGUUGGGAAACACUCUCUUCUUGGUGCAAGUGGAGAAAUUAGUGAUUUCCAGGAGAUUUUACACAACCUUGAUGAGCUUAUUUUGUAUGACAAUAUGUGGGAUGAUGGGAACUCACUUGGGCCUAAAGAAGUGCACAACUAUUUGACUCGGAUGAUGUACAAUCGACGCAACAAGUUCAACCCCCUAUGGAAUUCACUUGUUCUUGGAGGAGUGAAAAAUGGUCAGAAGUAUCUUGGAACAGUUAAUAUGAUUGGUGUUCAUUUUGAGGAUGAUCAUGUGGCUACUGGAUUUGGAAAUCACCUUGCAAGGCCUAUUCUCCGUGAUGAAUGGCAUGAGAACUUGAGUUUUGAAGACGGUGUUAAGUUGCUGGAGAAAUGCAUGCGUGUCCUCCUCUAUCGUGAUAGGUCUGCUAUCAACAAGCUUCAGAUAGCAAAAAUCACGGAAGAGGGUGUGACAAUUUCUCAGCCCUACGCGUUGAAGACUUUCUGGAAUUUUUCUGCAUUUCAGAAUCCAACUGUGGGUGCUGAAGGGUCUUGGUAGGUAGUGCUGAAGCACGUGGCUUUGUUGAAAUUGGGAAGGGCAAACAAAAAAAAAAAAAAAAACACAACGGAAAACAUGUAAGCACAUUGAGUUGCUUAUUUUUAAAAUUUGAUUGAU